CCGACUCACCAAGCUUUCUUUGGUUGUGCAGUUACCGUUCAAGUCGCACCACGGCCAUUCACCAGGUGCAAGAUCCCGCCGACUGAUCAAGAGCUCCCGAACGCUUUAAACCCCCCCACGAGGGGCCAUGGCGAGUUGAGCAACCACCGUCAACGCGACAAAGAUGACCACAGCUACGCACCACCAGCACCAACCGCCACAACCCCAUCUCGGCUUCGUCGUCGAUACAUACGACCCGGAUGACGUGGUUCCUCGAGGAAGCCCUCUCAUGACCCCGCUUCGUCCAAAGCUCGAGCCGUCUCCAAGUCCUCCCCCAGAUAUUCCUGCAGCUCAAGUCAGUCUGAGUCCCACCUCUAUCGACGGUCGCGGCAAGUCUAAUCGCCACAAGGUUCGUCCCACUUCUGGGGAUGCUGUCCUAGUCGCAUAUCUCGACAAUGGACGCGAUCCCGAUAUAGCACGAGAAGCUGCCCGCGAAAGUCUUCCAGGCGACGAAGACUCACCGGAUGAAGAGCCACGGCGAGAACGGGCCGUCGACGGCAAUCUCAUGAGCGGGCCUCUGCUCCAGCACCUGGCCGCUGACGCUCUACAGGCUGCUUCUAUUGCGACAGCACCGCCGUCUCUCGCCGCCUCGGUCCCAAAAACGAUCCCCGAUAUAUCUAUACCGACUGGGCAGCUUUCUAUCCACGACGAGCCCUCGAUCAACGGUUUGUCUGCACCGCGAUAUAUUUCCGGUAAUAGAGUCACGUCACCACUGAUCUCUUCCUCUAAUGGACCCUUGCCGCCGCUUCAUCAUGCAGUUCGCGCACCAGCAGGCGAGUCCAAGGAGACUCUUCCAUCACAGUCUCUCCCGUCUCUUCGUUCGACUUUUGGUGAGCUCCGAGACUUACACCCAGAGCGUCCAUCCGAGCAGGAUCUUGGCCGUGUCCCUCCAGGUUUAUCCUCCACUUUCCCUACUUCUCCAGCUGCAAACUUAGGGCACAGGUUUAGUUUGAAUACUAAUCUCCCGUCGUCGCCCCGUUCACCACCAGAUGGAUACCGAACACUCUCCCCUCACUCUGCGCCAAGUGCUAGUAUGCAUUAUUAUCCGACAAAUGGUAACCACCCUCGCGCUCCGACCGAAUACAGUAGUAGCAAUGCUGGCGAGACUCCGAAUACCGAUCACUCUGCUUCCACCCCUGCCACAUCAACCUCAAUCAACUCAACCUCAAUUACUGAUCGGAUGAGUAUUGAUGGGAUCACACAUCCGCAGCCUCUUUCCGGCUCGUAUACGUGCACUGUUACUGGAUGCAAUGCGGCGCCUUUCCAGACUCAGUAUCUCCUCAACUCUCACAUGAAUGUACACUCAUCUAUACGGCCACACUAUUGUCCAGUUAAAGGGUGUCCAAGAAGUGAAGGGGGCAAGGGCUUCAAAAGAAAGAAUGAAAUGAUAAGACAUGGCCUGGUUCAUGACUCCCCAGGCUACGUCUGCCCCUUUUGCCCUGAUAGGGAACACAAAUAUCCACGCCCAGAUAAUCUUCAGCGACACGUUCGUGUCCAUCAUAUAGACAAAGACAAGGACGACCCGCAACUGAGAGAUGUACUUGCUCAGCGACCAGAUGGACCUAACCGUGGUCGAAGAAGACGCGGCCCACCGGCGUAAACGACUGUUGUAGGUUGGCAUACGAACCUGGCUGCUGAGAGGGGACGCUGAACGAGCACGAUUAACGAUUUACGCCAACCGAAAUGUGAUGGGAAGCGCUCUUUGCUUUGGCGUUAUAUGUAUGAGUACCUGGCGAUUUGACGGGUCGGGCGACUGAAGGCUUCUCGCAUGUUGCCAAAGGUCAUUGAUUAAGCGGAGUGAGGAUUUGGAGGUACAGACAAGGCGUUCAGGAUCUCAAAUACCCGGUUGGGUCAGAUUUCGUUCAAUAUUUUAUUUUCUAGGAGUAUACCACUUGCGCCAGUGUGGCGUUGGCUAGCGAGCGUACACCUUGUUCGAUUCUAC